UCAGAGAACACUAUUAAUUUUCCUUGCUUAUUAGUUUCUAAUCGUUUUAAAAUUAUAGUUAUUAAACAUUUAAUUAGUAAAUCAUAGUAUAAAAAGGGCAGUGUCUUAAGAUAUAUAGCUAUAUCAUAAUAACAAGAGGUGAACGCAACGUAACUAUAGGACUAUCUAGCACAAUGAAGACAGUUAUAUUCCUAGCCGCGAUUGCAUAUGUGACUGCAGCUGUGCCUGAUUACUAUGACUUGGUAAAACUAGAUAUGCCCAAGUUGAGUAAAGAUCCUAAAGAGUUUAAGAUAUUCGUUGACUGUAUACUGGAUAAAGGACCUUGCUCGCCUUUGUAUAAGACUUAUAGAGCAAUCGUUCAAGAUACUUUUGAUCAUAAGUGCAAAAGAUGCAGUGAUUAUCAGAGACAUUGUUACUGGCAGUUCUUGCAGGGCCUCAAGGCUCUGUUUCCCCAAGACUACAUCAGCUUUAAAGCAAAGUACGAUCCCGAGAAUAAAUAUUUCAACGAUCUCGAAUCUUUAUUGAACAAUUACGCAAAUUAACGACAAAAGUUUAAUUUUUGGACAGAGCUAUUUGUUAUUUUUUGUGUUUUCACACUUGAAUUCAAUUGAAAAAUUGUUUUUUAAUCGUUCUUGGAUUUUUUAUAAUAAAUUAAAUGGCUUAUUCGAUAAA